AUGCUGAUAGUAUUAUUCUUAACAUUAUUUUGUUCGGUAGUGUUCCGAACAGCUUAUUGUGAUGUGGCCAUUGUGGCUCCAGAACCCAACUCAGUUUAUGAUUUAUCUGGUACAAGUCAGGCUGUUGUCAAAGUAAAGUGGAUGCAUACAGAUAACACACCACAGGAAAAGGAUUUUGUCAGAUACACGUUUACUCUGUGUUCGGGUACCAAUGCCAUGAUAGAAGCAAUGGCUACUCUUCAAACACUCAGUGCGAGUGAUCUGACAGACAACGAGUUCAAUGCGAUAAUAGAAAACACCGUUGGGACGGACGGUGUUUACUUCAUACAAGUCUUUGCGCAAACAGCUAUCGGUUACACCAUUCAUUACACUAACAGAUUUAAACUAAAAGGGAUGAUUGGUACAAAAGCCGCUAAUCCGAGUAUGAUAACCAUUGCACCAGAGGCACAAACAAGAAUUACCACAGGAGAUGUGGGUGCCACGAUUGAUUCUAAGAGUUUCACCGUUCCCUACAACUUACAAACAGGUGUUGUGAAAUAUGCUCCCAUGCAACUCCAACCGGCUACUAAGGUAACAGCAAAGACAUGGAAAAGGAAGUACGCGACCAGUGAGGUAACGUAUUACUACACUUUAAGAAACUCCGUUGAUCAACAUACUACCGUAACACCAGGGUGGUCAUACAUAAUUACAGCUGAUAGUAACUAUGCUACGCCGGCCCCUAUGCCGGCUGAUAAUGGCGGUUGGUAUAAUCCACGCAAGAGACUCUCUCUGACUGCAAGAAAAGUUAAUGCUUUGAGGCACAGAUAA